CUUCAGCCCCACCUGCUCCACCUGCAUCCCGCUCGAGGUAUUUGGAGGUUUGGCGGAAUGCGACGCGGAACAUUUAAAGCUCCGUCCUGUAACGUUGAAGCUGAUCGCCGCGGAAUCCGUCGCCAUUGUGAGAGGGAUCAAUCAAGACGCGUCAACGGGAUCUACAGGCCUCUAUUGUGCCCGGCGGCCAGAGUGUGACCCGGGACCCCGGCCACCCCGGGGGGCAACCGAGGUGAAGGGUCACUCCCCACAGUCGGGGAGAGACGCGGCGGCGUGGAACUCUCCGUCUCCGUCUUCCUACCACGACCAGCCGAUGGGUUUGGGGCGUCCUUCUCCACCAGCGUGUGGCUCACGGGUGGCCGCAGCAUCUCCCAGCAUGCACUUCAAGAGGAUCGCCCAACGCUGGCAACGUGGCUUACAAAAAGUUAAAGGCGGUAUGUGUAAAAACACCAGGGGGCGGAGUCAACUACGACUACCAAGGAACCCGCCAGUUCCCAGCAGGUGGUCCUGACUCACGGUAGACCCCCCUAUAAAUGCAUCGAUUAUGAAAUAUUUUAUUGAUCACUGGGUGGAGCAUGAACACAGAUCGCUCUCAUUGUCUGGUUUAUCGAUGUGUAAGGGUUCAAAAUGUCUUUAAUGAGAAUUGAAUCUGCAAAAAACAUGAUCUGCAUUAGUUUGUCUUCUAUACAUGUUUUAAUUAUACCUCUGAUUGUUUUCCUUGAUGAGUUAAUGAGUAUCGCCCCAUUAGUUCAAUAAAAGGCUUCUUUAUACCUGCGAGCUGCAGGACAUCCUCCUCAUCUCAGGGGGGAAACUGAACUACUUCCCACUCAAAAUGAAUGAUAUUUGCUUUAAAAAAAAGAGUAUUAUUCAUUUAAUACCACGUGUACCUUCUGUGGGAGUAAAUACAUGAAACAUCUAAUAGUUGACUGUCACCAUCACGUGUUGUAUAAAGUGGACGUGUUCUUGGUUCUAUGGAUCAUCCGACAUUCAAACAGGUUGUAACCUGAUAUUUGACGAUUGGUGCGAAGUUGAAAACGUGGUCUUCUUUUAUUCUGGCGGUCUUCGCCGGAAGUGUCGUGCUUCACGCGCACUGACGCGUCACCGCAUAAAGAGGCGCAGCAGGUAAACGCGCUCCACAUGGCCGGUGGGCAGAGACCCGCAGCACCUACCGGACCCCACCGAACCCAACCGGACCCCACCGGACCCCCAAAGAAAGAACCUCGGAGCCCGACCGGAAAGGAAUAAACGGAGACAAACAAGGACGCAUUUCACCGACGACUUGAGACACGCGUAAACUCUGCAGCCCGCAACGUGUCCAGCCAGGGGACACCCGCGUGCAGUGUCCAGCCAGGGGACAUCCGCGUGCAGUGUCCAGCCAGGGGACAUCCGCGUGCAGUGUCCAGCCAGGAGACGCCCGCGUGCAGUGUCCAGCCAGGAGACACCCGCGUGCAGUGUCCAGCCAGGGGACAUCCGCGGGACGGACAUGCGGAGCGGCUGAGACUUCAGCGGCCGUCAGCUGAUAAGACGCUCGUCCCGCGACUCGUCCCCCCCCCCCCCAAAGAGACACAAAGGACGCAUGGAUCCCCGGCUGCUGUGCUGCGAAGGGGACCGGCCCCCCACCCGCAGGGCCUACCGGGACCCCAACCUGCUCCAGCAGCGCGUCCUGCACGCGCUGCUGGAGCAGGAGGACCGGUACCUCCCCGCGGCCAACUACUUCAAAUGCGUGCAGAGGGACGUCGCCCCGCACAUGCGGAGGAUCGUGGCCACCUGGAUGCUGGAGGUGUGCGAGGAGCAGAAAUGCGAGGAGGAGGUCUUCCCGCUGGCCGUGAACUACGUGGACCGCUUCCUGUCGGUGGAGCCCACCAAGAAGAGCCGCCUGCAGGUCCUGGGAGCCGCCUGCAUGUUCCUGGCGUCCAAGCUGAAGGAGACGAUCCCUCUGACCGCGGAGAAGCUCUGCGUCUACACCGACAACUCCGUCACGCCCGCCCAGCUGCUGCAAAUGGAGCUGCUGGUUCUGAACAAGCUGAAGUGGGACCUGGCCUCGGUGACCCCCCUCGACUUCAUCGACCAUUUCCUGUCUCAGCUGCCCGUCCCGAAGGAGAGCGGGCCGAUCCUGAGGAAGCACGCUCAGACCUUCGUAGCGCUGUGUGCCACAGACGCGAAGUUCGCGGCCAGCCCCGCGUCCAUGAUCGCGGCGGGCAGCAUGGCGGCGGCGGUGGAGGGCCUGCGGGCGAGGAUGUCGGGGGAUGCCGCGACGUCGCCGACGGAGCAGCUGGCGCGGAUCAUCCGGAGUGACCCGGACUGCCUCCGGGCUUGUCAGGAGCAAAUCGAGUCUCUGCUGGAAACCAGCCUCCGACAGGCGCAGCGGCCUCGGCACUCGGUCGCCGUGGAAACCAGGAAAAUCGCCGAGGGGCAGGACCUCUCGACGACGCCCACAGAUGUCCGGGACGUCGACGUCUGAGCGCCGCGGGGGUGGCGAGGACGGAAGAGGACGGUGGGACCGCAAGCAACUGGGCGAGACGGCGCGUCAGCGGACAUCCAGGGGCGUUGACCGCUGGACUUCAGAGACACCGACAGGACGGCCGUCACGUCUCCGGUGUGGCUCCUCCCCCCCCCCCCCCCCCGGCGGUCAUGGACGGGACUGGAACUUCUCCCUGUAUUUAUCACCGGACUCCAUAUUCUUAACGUAGAGCGGUAGUUUGCUGUAGUGGAGGAAUGAGGUGGAUUCAUGAAGCCAAAAAGCGUCACAUGGAAACCAAAACGUGGUACGUUUGGACAGACGCUUAAAACAACGUUCUUAUUGUGUGGCCUUUUUGAAAUGGCUUAUUUGCAUGUUUUUCAUUGAUUACUGUUUGAUAAACACUGGCCCUGUUUAACAUGUGAUCUUGUGAGCUGUCGUCUUACGUUCCCUUCGUGAAGUACGAGGAUCUUGUCUGUAAACUGCAGCUGUGACGGAUGCGAUGUGGUGCUCGCGUCGCUGCACUAGAGGGCGCUGUGGUAUUAGCUGAUUUUUGUAAUCUAAGGGAUCAGGUAUUCUACUUGUAUUUAUUGCAUAUCGCUCAACCGAAACGCUACAAGUUUUGUUCUGAAGGAGAAAGAAAGUCUGUUUAUGGAUUCAGCUACUUAAUUAACUCAAAGGUACAAAACGUUGUGAUUCUUGAAGCCUCGUCAAACUGACACAAGCUUGUGUCUGGUUGUUGUCCAUGUUGGUGAUGUGCGUCGAUGAAUUAAACUGGUCGCCCUGAUGCA